UGGGCUUGGGCUCCUAUGGCAACCUCCUGGGCGAGGAGGCAACGGGCAUUGUGACUUCUGCUCUGACUUCUGCUGGUGACGAGGAGCCUGGAGCACCCGCCAGGGAGCAUGAGAGCGGCAGGCGGGCAGCAGCUGGAGCCUAGGACGGGGGUCUAUGUGGAGUCCCAGGGAGGGGCACAGCAGCCCUGGAAGAAAUUCGUAUAUGUGGAGCCACCCAGGAGAGUUAAGGAGAUCCUUGAAGAAGAGCUUUGUUUCCGGAAGGAUGAGUCUAGAAUUAAACACCCUUCAGAAGUUGCUCUGGAAGGAAUUUGGAGCCUGAAAAGGAAUUUUCCUGUGGGAGGUUUCCAGCCAGCAUCGCAGAAUCAAAACAGCUUGUUUUUUCAGCCUAAGUACUACUCCAGGCAUACAGUCGUCAGAAGAUAGUCCCUUUGAAACACUUUGUCUCCUCUGAUGAAAUUGAGAGAAGCAAGAGAUGUCUACAGUUAUUUUUAUCCAAAUGGGAGUAUUCUAUUUUAGAAUAUGUACAAUAGCUUGGAAAAUAAACCUGGAAGUUAUUCA